AAAACGCGUUUUUUUAAAACACAACACAACAAAACAAAACCAUCUUUCCCCUUUUCUUCAUCCCCUUAUUCCCGAUCAGAUCACCACCAUCAUCUUCCCCAAUUUCUAGGGUUUCCCUUUUCCCUUCACAUACAAAUUCUCAAUUUUCAAUUUUUCAAUUCUUAAUUUCUCAUACACACACAUAUGCUAUAACGAAAAAACGAUGUAUAGCAAUUUCAAGGAACAAGCAAUCGAGUACGUGAAACAAGCCGUAGAUGCAGACAAUGCCGGAAACUAUUCAAAAGCGUUUCCUUUAUACAUGAACGCUUUAGAGUAUUUCAAAACCCAUUUAAAGUACGAAAAAAACCCUAAAAUCAGAGAAGCAAUUACGCAGAAAUUCACCGAGUAUUUACGUCGUGCUGAGGAGAUCAGGGCUGUGCUGGAUGAUGGUGGGCCAGGGCCAGCUUCUAAUGGCGAUGCGGCGGUUGCUACGAGGCCGAAAAGUAAGGGGAAGGAUGGUGGUGGAGAGGGUGGUGGAGGUGGUGAAGGGGAGGAUCCGGAGCAGGCGAAGCUUAGAGCGGGUUUGAAUUCCGCGAUUAUUAGGGAAAAGCCGAAUGUUAAGUGGAAUGAUGUUGCUGGUUUGGAGAGUGCUAAACAGGCUUUGCAGGAAGCUGUUAUUUUGCCUGUCAAGUUUCCUCAGUUUUUUACUGGUAAAAGACGACCAUGGAGAGCAUUUUUGUUGUAUGGACCUCCUGGAACUGGAAAAUCAUAUUUAGCUAAGGCAGUUGCAACUGAGGCUGAUUCCACCUUUUUCAGUAUUUCUUCAUCAGAUCUUGUUUCAAAGUGGAUGGGUGAAAGUGAAAAACUGGUUUCAAACCUUUUUCAAAUGGCUCGAGAAAGUGCCCCCUCUAUCAUAUUUGUUGAUGAAAUAGAUUCCCUAUGUGGCCAGCGUGGAGAAGGCAACGAGAGUGAAGCUUCAAGACGAAUCAAAACAGAACUUCUGGUGCAGAUGCAGGGUGUAGGAAACAAUGACCAGAAAGUUCUUGUUCUUGCAGCAACAAAUACACCUUAUGCUUUAGACCAGGCAAUAAGGCGUCGUUUUGAUAAGCGUAUUUAUAUUCCACUACCAGAUUUGAAGGCCCGCCAACACAUGUUCAAGGUGCAUCUUGGAGAUACUCCUCAUAAUUUAACUGAAAAGGAUUAUGAAUACUUGGCUAGCAGGACAGAGGGGUUUUCUGGUUCAGAUAUAUCUGUUUGCGUGAAGGAUGUUCUAUUUGAACCCGUCCGCAAAACCCAAGAUGCUAUGUUCUUCUUUAAAAGUCCCGAGGGUAUGUGGAUCCCAUGUGGACCAAAGCAACAGGGCGCAGUUCAAACUACAAUGACGGAUCUUGCUACAAAAGGACUUGCUUCAAAGAUCCUUCCACCCCCCAUUACAAGAACAGAUUUUGAAAAGGUUCUUGCUAGACAAAGGCCUACAGUAAGCAAAAGUGACCUUGAAGUUCAUGAGAGAUUCACAAAGGAGUUUGGAGAAGAAGGUUAAUGCAGUUCGAAAUAUUUCAUUUGAAAAUGAUUCACACCGGUUUUAGAUGUGUUAUAAUUUGUAAUUUGUUUAGUUAUUGAAUCAAGUGAAAUGCAUCCUUUUUAUGUUAUUUUCGGGGAUGUGAAGUUCCCGAUUGUGCGGAGGUUGAUUUAUUACGAUGGAUACUCUCAUUUUGUUUCUCCUAAAUUGUGUAUAUUGGAAUCUGAAAUGAUUAGAAAACUAACUUGUGUCAUGGUGGUUGCUUAUGUUGGUA